GGUUGCACCAACCUUAGUUCCGGUUGUCAUUCAACGAGACAGUUGAACGACAAUCUGCCUCUUUUCGGCUCUUCAGACACACAGGGAGCUGAAUUUUGUGACCAGACAUCAUGACACUUUUCCACUUCGGGAACUGCUUCGCUCUGGCGUAUUUCCCUUACUUUAUAACAUACAAGUGCAGCGGCCUCUCAGAGUACAAUGCCUUCUGGAGAUGUGUCCAGGCUGGAGCAACCUACCUGUUUGUCCAACUCUGUAAGAUGCUGUUCCUAGCUACAUUUUUCCCCACAUGGGAAGGAGGAGCUGGAGUUUAUGACUUUGUUGGGGAAUUUAUGAAGGCAACAGUGGACCUGGCAGACUUGUUGGGUCUCCAUCUGGUGAUGUCUCGUAAUGCUGGUAAAGGGGAGUACAAGAUCAUGGUGGCUGCCAUGGGCUGGGCGACAGCAGAGCUUGUGAUGUCCAGGUGUCUUCCUCUGUGGGUGGGAGCCAGAGGGAUUGAGUUUGACUGGAAAUACAUCCAGAUGAGCUUUGACUCUAACAUUAGUUUGAUUCAUUACAUCGCCAUGGCAGCAGUAGUGUGGAUGUUCACACGAUAUGACCUUCCUAAGAGCUUCAGACUUCCUGUUACUGUGCUGCUGGCCCUUUGUGUCUACAAGGCCUUCUUAAUGGAGUUGUUUGUCCAUGUCUUCCUGUUGGGCAGUUGGACAGUGUUGCUGGUGAAAGCUGUGCUGACUGGUGCCAUCUCUCUCUGCUCACUGUUUCUCUUCGUCACUCUGGUCCACAGUAACUAAGUACAGCUCGGCACCCUGGGAAAAGCCUUCAACAGUCUCUUGAUUGUGAUAAAUCAGAAGCUGACUCCUGAUACCUUUUCAGUCUACAUAUCACCAUACAAUCUACCAAAGACUACUGGAAAAUUAUUGUUGAUACUGGGUAGCUGGACUGGUCUGAUGAAUAAACAAGGUCAAGCUACCAACCAGUAAGCUAACCAGUGCUACCAGUUUGUUUUGAUCAGUCUGUAUGGACCAUUGAUGGAAAACAUACACUGAAGCUUUGUUUGUGUUUAGUCCACCAGUUCUAACUGCAGGUUGAGUGGAGACAUCGGGGAAGGUUCCUAAAUGAUUUGUUUACCUGAGCUGUAUUGCUUUUGUUAAAAGUUGAAUUUCGUACAAAAACACCCACAGAUGAACCGAGACUUUUUGCAUACUUCAUUCUUUUUUAUGUGUUGUCCAAUAAGCCAGCGUAAAUGCUUAGAUCAUACAGUAAAGUGAAUUUAUAACAAUCACACUGAUAGUUCCUCUUUAUCAAUUUAUUUAUAUACAAGUAAAUAUUACAAUUAGUUCAAACCUAACUGUGACUAGAUUUUUCUAAUUAUUGAAGAAAUUGUAUGAACAAUUUAAAGUCAAAAACAGGCCCACUGAAUGAAUAAAUUGAGGUCCACUCAGCAUUAUGACACAAUGUGUUGUAUUGUAACACCUGUGAUUUUGUCAUGAAAAUAAUAAAUGUUUUUUUUGUCUUA